AUGAAUGCACCAGAUCGUUUUGAACUUUUUGUCAUUCCUGAAGGGAAGAAGAAAGUAGAAAUGGAAAUCGACACAAAGAUUCCUAAUGCAGCCACCUUUACUAUAGAACGCGAAGAUCAUACACUUGGUAAUAUUCUGAGAAGCCAAUUACUGAAAGACCCUCGAGUUCUCUUUGCUGGUUACAAAGUACCGCAUCCCUUAGAGCACAACUUUCUUAUUAAAGUACAAACAGUGCCUGGAACAUCGCCCGGAAAAGCGUUAAAAGACGCUACAUCAGAACUUAUAUCGGAAAUCAAUGGGCUGAAGAAUAAAUUUGACAUGGAAGUGAUUCGACAUCGUACAUUUGAGGAAUCGAGAACAGGUCAAGGGUACGAUACUGAUAUGAACCCUAUGGAUCAUCAUGCCGGUAUGGAUGUCGACUUUUAA